CCGCCUGCCCGCCCCCGGCCCCGGCCGAGCGUCCGCCGGCCCUCGGGGAGACGGCCCGGCGCUGGCCCGAUGAGAUCAUUCCUGAAUGCUAGUGAUGGUGAAGCUGGGAAAAAGUUCCUUUAAACCACCACCAGGAUGAAUCAUCUGCCAGAUGAUCUGGAAAAUGCCCUCAGCGGAAGUCAGGGCUCCCACGCAUCUCUGCUCAACGUCCAUUCCAUCAACCCCACCCAACUGAUGGCGAGGAUCGAGUCCUACGAAGGGCGGGAGAAGAAAGGCAUCUCUGACGUCAGAAGGACUUUCUGUUUGUUUGUCACCUUUGACCUCUUGUUUGUUACUCUGCUGUGGAUAAUAGAGUUAAAUGUGAAUGGAGGCAUUGAGACCACUCUGGAGAAGGAGGUGGUGCAGUAUGACUACUAUUCUUCUUACUUUGACAUAUUCCUCCUGGCCGUUUUUCGAUUUAAAGUGUUAAUCCUCGCAUAUGCCGUGUGCAGGCUGCGCCACUGGUGGGCGGUAGCGUUGACGACAGCUGUGACGAGUGCCUUCUUAUUAGUCAAAGUCAUCCUGUCCAAGCUCUUUUCUCAGGGGGCUUUUGGAUAUGUGCUGCCCAUCAUUUCAUUCAUCCUGGCGUGGAUCGAAACCUGGUUCCUGGAUUUCAAAGUAUUGCCUCAAGAAGCAGAGGAAGACAGCAGACUUCUGCUGGUUCAGAACGCUUCGGAGAGGGCAGCCCUCAUCCAGCCGCCUGGGGGUCUCUCGGAUGGGCAGUUUUAUUCCCCGCCUGAGUCUGAAGCAGGUUCUGAUGAAGACCCUGAAGGAAAGCAGGAUAGUGAAAAGCCAGUCCUGUAGCUGCGAGAGUUAUUUUGAUGAAAACUGUCCCAUCUGUGAAUCCUCUCUGUCCGUCCGCGUUUGGAGUGUGAAGGCCCCCAGCGUAGCCGGGCUCUCCCUGGGAAGCCAAGUCCACUUGCUAAUCAAGGAUUUAUUUAUUGUGAUACCUCACGGAAGAUUGUCCCCCACCCACACGUGUACCUUCGCCUGCCUGGGGCUGGUGAGAUAACGGCCCAGAACAGCCCAUGCUGUCGUCUGCUACUGAAACUGUCUCCUAAUGCGUAGGGAGUUCUGGGAAAGUCUCGUGCUGUGUUCCUAAUCAAUAGACGCCAUAGUAUACCAACCUAACACAUCUUCUGUAACACAAAACUCCAUGGAUUUUUUUUCUGACUCACAAAAUGGAAUUGUUUUAUUUGUCUCAUAGAUUUGUUUUAUAUUUCUUUUUUAAAAAAUAACAUGUCCUUGUGUGUUUUUUAAUUCAUGCACAUGAGCUCUUUGUACAGUUUAAAAACAUUAAUAAAAGGCAACAUCCCAA